GCUGGAGCGCGGUGUCAGCCAGGACGAGCACGGCCAGCGCUUUGCCUGCGAGUUGCAUCUCGCAUCCGUGCCAGCCAUCCCAGGGCCAAGGCUGGCAGCAGUGGCCUGCCAGAAAUUGGGACCUACUUGGGCUUUUCCCAGCUUCGGCCGUUGCCAUCUCGUGACUCAGGACGUCCAGUCACUGGGUCAAGAAGACUUGGACGCGGCUGUGCGGGAGGCCAUAUUCAGCACCGUCGCUGCGGCACGGGCAGAAGGCUUCCAUGUUCAAGUCUGCCGGCACGACCUUUUCCACGGUCACCUCUUUCGCGGUGAACGCGGGGAGGUUGGCAUCUUACUUCAUGCAUGUGAAUACCCAUCGCAGAACGAUGACUUUCCGGUGAAUCUGGGCUUCUGCCAGGCAGACACCCAGGUGAAGUACGAGGAUACGGUGAUGCAGCACCGCAACAUUCUGCUCCUCUUCUCUCGACGUCUUCGCGCGUUCGUCCUCGAUGCCGAGUCUGAUUGCGUCAAGGCGCUGAUUCCGGAGUACGCUCGAAAGCCGAUGUACACACUCUACGAGGACACCCUGGGGGAGCCUCUGGCAGACAUGUACUUCUUGUCGAGCGAAGAGAAGCUCGGCUGGGUGCAAAGGCGCAGCUCCAAAGUACACCUCUGA